GGGGAGCUGAAUAUUAAAAGGGUGAAGGUGGAGUUAUUGCCUGGCUGUAUUUGGUUUUUUCUCUUUCUAUUUUCUCUCUUUAUUUUUAAAAUCUCCAGGUAAAGCGUCUGUGAGACAGGCGCUUAAAGACGUCUGUGGUAGAGAAAGGGGUGAGUCAGCGGGUGCAAAAGGACUAGAAAUUGGUUCGUCGGAAACGGUUCCCUCUCCCCCGAGGGAGGAGGCGGCAGGGCUGCUCCUGGGACCGAAAGCCCGUCCAGUCCCCGCCACGCGCGCGCGAGUGGCUCUGCAUCCGCGCUCCAGGAGGACGCUGGCAAACGACGCUCCGCAGCCGCCUCGGUCUCGGCAAACAUUUCACAUCCACGUCCCCCGGCCUGCGCGGCUAGAAGCUGGAUCUACCAUGAGUCCAGCCACACUGACCGUAACUGCGGGUGGACAGAAGUGCCCAGAUGCCAACGGUCCCCGCCUUUGAGAGUCGACGGCAGACCCGUACGUGCUUGUGGUUUGUGGGAGAGACAGGCGCUGGAUUUUUGAGUUCCAAAUUAUGUGCAGAAUGCUCAGUCUUCACACCCGGACGGAUCCGACAGUACAGGAAAGGGGACUCGCGUAAUUCUGGGACUGCAUUUUGCAUCGCGUCUCCUCGAGCUCCGUGCUGAGUCUCGCGUAGGGAGGGAGUUGGGGCCCCGGGCCAGCGUUGCUGGUGCAGAGGGUCGGCGGGCAGCCCCGCGCGCCCAUGGCCAUGUUGCCUUUAAUGCCCUGCCCCUUUGCGUGGCCUUCUGAGGGUUUCCAGGGCUGGCCCGGGUUGCUUCCCACCCGUACGCUCUCUCUUACCCCCAGACAACCCCAGCAGGCAAGGCUCCUCGGAGCGGAGACCUUUUGACUUCCCGCUCCCUCGGUCCCACCUCCGCCCAGGCCCGGAGUGGCCCUCAAGAGCCGGACCUCGCCCGGCCCCGGCUGGGACCAUGGUGUUUCUCUCUGGAAAUGCCUCGGACAGCUCCAACUGCACCCACCCGCCGCCACCGGUGAACAUUUCCAAGGCCAUUCUGCUCGGGGUGAUCUUGGGGGGCCUCAUCCUUUUCGGCGUACUGGGGAACAUCCUUGUGAUCCUUUCCGUGGCCUGCCACCGGCAUCUGCACUCGGUCACUCACUACUACAUCGUCAACCUGGCGGUGGCCGACCUUCUACUCACUUCCACGGUGCUGCCCUUCUCCGCAAUCUUCGAGAUCUUGGGCUACUGGGCCUUUGGCAGGGUCUUCUGCAAUAUCUGGGCGGCGGUGGACGUCCUGUGCUGCACUGCGUCCAUCAUGGGACUCUGCAUCAUCUCCAUCGACCGCUACAUCGGCGUGAGCUACCCGCUGCGCUACCCCACCAUCGUCACGCAGAAGAGGGGUCUCAUGGCUCUGCUCUGCGUCUGGGCGCUCUCCCUGGUCAUCUCCAUCGGGCCUCUGUUCGGCUGGAGGCAGCCGGCCCCGGAGGACGAGACCAUCUGCCAGAUCAAUGAGGAGCCGGGCUACGUGCUGUUCUCCGCGCUCGGCUCCUUCUACGUGCCGCUGACCAUCAUCCUGGUCAUGUACUGCCGGGUCUACGUGGUGGCCAAGAGGGAGAGCCGGGGCCUCAAGUCCGGCCUCAAGACCGACAAGUCGGACUCGGAGCAGGUGACGCUCCGCAUCCAUCGCAAAAAUGUCCCGGUAGGAGGCAGCGGGGUGUCCAGCGCCAAGAACAAGACACACUUCUCCGUGAGACUCCUCAAGUUUUCCCGGGAGAAGAAAGCGGCCAAAACACUGGGUAUCGUGGUCGGCUGCUUCGUCCUCUGCUGGCUGCCUUUUUUCUUAGUGAUGCCCAUUGGGUCUUUCUUUCCUGAUUUCAGGCCCUCAGAAACAGUUUUUAAAAUAGCAUUUUGGCUCGGAUACCUAAACAGCUGCAUCAACCCCAUUAUAUACCCAUGCUCCAGUCAAGAGUUUAAAAAGGCCUUUCAGAAUGUCUUGAGAAUCCAGUGUCUGCACCGAAGGCAGUCUUCCAAACAUGCCCUGGGCUAUACUCUGCACGCACCCAGCCACGCCCUGGAGGGGCAGCACAAGGACCUGGUGCGCAUUCCAGUGGGAUCCGGAGAGACCUUCUAUAAGAUCUCCAAGACGGAUGGGGUCUGUGAAUGGAAAUUUUUCUCUUCCCUGCCCCGUGGAUCUGCCAGGAUUACAGUGCCCAAAGACCAAUCAGCCUGCACCACUGCCCGGGUGAGAAGUAAAAGCUUUUUGCAGGUCUGCUCCUGCAUGGGGCUCUCGACACCCAGCCAUGGAGAGAAUCAUCAAAUUCCAACCAUUAAGAUCCAUACCAUCUCCCUCAGUGAAAAUGGGGAGGAAGUCUAGAGGACAGGAAGGAUCAGGACAGGGGCAUGAUCUUAGGCACCCACUCCACUUCCUACUGGGAAGGCCAGUUCACAUUUUGUGGGUGAUGAGACAGGACCAUUAAACCAGGGACCAUCUGGGAAUGGGCUGGGGAGGAGACCCGACUCUUGGGCAGUGGGCAGGGCUUAGGGAAGAGGGAGGGUGUCACACAACCAUCUCGUUCACAGUGAUGAUAAACAGCAUCUCCUUGAGGCUGAUGCUCUCUGGGUCAUCCUCUGAGCCCGCUUUGCAUGUCUGGCCCUUUCAACGAAAAACACCAUGGGAAACAGAAUUUCAUACACAAUCCAAAAGACUAUAAAUAUAGGAUUAUGAUUUCAUCAUGAAUAUUUUGAGCAUGCACUCUAAGUUUGGAGCUAUUUCUUGAUGGAGUGAGGGGAUUUUAUUUCCAGGCUAAACUUACUGAGAACCACUUUGGGUUUUUACGGGGAGAGGGCCUGGAGAGGAAGAGACUUAAGAUGGUGGCCGGUAUCCAGACACGUUAUUUUUAGAGCAAGUUUUAAACUCCACCAUUCCUGACACAUCCAGUUUCUCGGCUUGGGUGAAACUUGACAGUGAGAGUUACCUUUGGCUACAAUGUGACUGCUUCUGAUUCCCUAAGGAUGAGAGUGAGGGGCACUCAUUAUGUCUCUGAUAUAAUGGAGGUAUAUCAUCUACACUUGGGUCUAGAAAGAGUCAGGGAAAGAUGGCUUUUCCUAAUGGAACACAGUAAAGAUGAGGGUCAAUGUUUCAACUUAACUUCUAGGGACAGAAUUCCAUUAAGUGGCUCAAAGAUCGGGUGGAAGAAGGCUUCUUGUGUAACAUAUUUAAAGAUCAAGAGGUUGGGUUGGGGUAUGCUAAUUUCAUGCUAAGAUAGAGCCUGCAAAAUUACUCCACAGCCUUUUCAACCUGGCCUAGGAAGGCUUUUCUUGGCAAAUCACUUGCCUUUUCCAGAACUCCAUUAUGAAAAACCAGAGCUUCUAAUACUUUGAAAGGCACAUCACGACUCCCAUUUUUUCUCAGCUGCUUCACUACUGCAUAAUGAGUGAGGUCCACAGUCCCCGGGGCACAUGGGACAUGUUGGAAUGAGUCUGAUGAUCCAGAACUUUGAAAGAUACACACGCUUAGCUUGGGAGGAUGCUUUCUGGUCACCAAAACCCCAUCAGAAACAGAAGUUUGCAAACGGUUUUGGACAGAAGCCUGUUUAUGCUGAUAAAAGAUCCAAUCGUCCGUUUAUUUAAUCUAUCCCUACUUUUUACAAGAACUUGGGGAACACACUGUUUUUUGCUUUAUGUAUACCAAAUUUCGGUCAACCUUAAUAAUUCCGUAUAUUACAAAGAUACAGAUGGUGACUAUAUGUAAAAAUUAAAAUAUUUUCACAUUCCACAAUAAGAAUUUAAAAGAAGAUUUAUGUUUUUGAAAUAAUUCUUGACUAGAAUCACUGGUCUUAAACUCCUGACCAUUUCUGUGGCCUUCUUCGCCUAUUGGGGGUAAUUCCCUCUAAGAAUUUCAAGGCAGAUUGUAUCCAUUAUUUAACCUUCACAGCAAAGGUAGUGUCCCCAUCAUCCUUUCCUUCUUUUCUUGCAGCAAAAUGAUAAUUUCCUGAAAUCUCUCUAAAAGGCUAAUUUCUCUGCAUAGUGCCCUGGAAAGUAUGCUCGCGUGUGGAUUUGGGUUUGGUUGUUGGUCGUCUUUUGACCUAGAAUGUUACUGCUUUCUCAGCCCUUUCUGGAAAGUGUCUCAUGGUUGACCAGAUAGACACUGUGCCUUGUACUCGUAACUUGGAUUCUGGCAGUAGAUGUUGGCUGGACUUUUAGACUCUUCUGGUCUGUCUGUAUGUCUCCUGACAGCUCUUCCAGAUGUAGGUGUCCUAUUAUGCCUGUAGGCAUCAGGGAAGGACUUGACUAUGCAAGCCUCACUUCAGUUUCAUUGUUGAGAAGAACUUCUUUUAGGAUCUGAAUUUUUAAAUCUUACCAGGCUCCCCCUUACAGGAAGUGUGUCCCCAUGAAAAGAAGGGUAAUAGCUUUUCUUCAGCAGAACGUGGCUCCACAUUUGAGAUGUUCUUUAAACACCUCUACAGACGAAUUUAAAUUUUAGAUACUAGAAAGCUUAGGAUCGCCGGAAAGCUAGCUUUAAUGCCGCUUCUAAUCAAAAUAAACAACUCGAGGGCUUCCCUGGUGGCGCAGUGGUUGAGAGUCCGCCUGCCGAUGCAGGGGACGCGGGUUCGUGCCCCGGUGAGGGAAGAUCCCACAUGUCGCGGAGCGGCGGGGCCCGUGAGCCAUGGCCGCUGGGCCUGCGCGUCCGGAGCCUGUGCUCCGCAACGGGAGAGGCCACAACAGUGAGAGGCCUGCGUACGGCAAAACAAAACAAAACAAAACAAAAAAAAUAAACAACUCGAAAAUCUUUCGGUCAUCAGAUAAAAGCCAUGACAAUUGUAUUCAUGUAAAACUAUCCAUAAAUAAUUGUCUGCUACACCCUUCUCUAUACCCACUCCCUCCAGGGAGGCAAACUUUAACAUUUUUUUCCUUUCCCAUGACAUGAUAUUAGGUAUAAACAUGCCAAUUUUACAAGAAAUUGAUAAUGUCACCCAAGACUUAGUCCAAAGCGGGAUAAACAAUGUACGAGUUAUAUUUUUACU